AUGGAGGAAAGUGAUGUAUUAGAGAUAAAUAAAGAGGAAGAAGAAAAUGGUACUGAAAUUAAUUCUGAAAAAGAUCCACAGGAUGUGAACCCAUCAAAUGAACUUGUUUCUGAACCAGUUAAUGAACCUGGAAAUAGUGAUAUAUGUAUUGAGAAUUAUCUACCCACAGAGCUUACUGAGGAAGAUGAAAAAACAUUAACAGUUGGUUUACCUAAUGUGAAUUGUGUUGAGAAAAUUCUGCACAAGAGGAAACACACAAUUGUUGGAAUUUUUGUCGUUGUUGUCAAUAUCAUCAAUAUGCCUGAAGCUGAUUUAUUUGAUCUAAUGGCCGGACCCAAGAUAAUUUGUUUAGAUCUCUGUUCUGAAAUGGAGAAGGAUACAUUUAGAAGUAGAGCAGGAGAUAAAUUUUCUCAAAUACAAGUGUUACUCAAAGCCCUACGUUUGUUUUUAAACAGUAAAUCUAAGCUACAUUUUGAACAUGAGUUUGCUCUACUUGUAUUGGAUGAUGGAGCAACCUGGGUGAGUGACUUUACCAACAACCCAAGAGACAUAUUAACUUUGUUAGAAGAUCUGAUGUGUUCAAAUAAACCUGUAUCAAAUACAUUUGAUAUUUCUCAAGUAUUUGAUAUCAUAAUGAACAAUAUUGAAGAUACUAUCGUGAGCAAUGUAAUUAGUAAUUAUAACCGCGACCCUACUGAAAACAAUGACGUCACAAUAAUUGCAUUUAAUUUAAACUACGAAGAGUCCGAGAAUCUAACCGACAAAUAUACACAUCUUAUACAAACUCUGGCUCUUGAUCCGAAUUCACCUGUGAUGAUCACAGCUACCAAACGGAUACCACAAAGGCGAUACGAUAAACCAGGUCUUGUGAAAAUCAGUUUCAAAAAUACCGAACAGAAAAUUAAGAUUCUCCGAAAAAAGAUGAACCUCAAAAAGUCGCAAGAUUUUUCAAAUGUGUAUCUGAAAUCCUCAAAAUCAUAUGUUGAACGUCGUAUUGAAAGCAAUGCGAAAGCCACUUUAAGAGCACCGCCCAAUCCUGGAUCAUUAAGAGUCAACACGAACGGACUCAUACUAUCCCAGCAGAGAAAUGAUUUGUCGGCCGAUAAUGUGCCUCAAUAG